AUGCCGCUCGAAGCUGCGCCGGACGGGCGCAAAGGGAAGGGCAAGAAGCGCCGGGAGGUGGCGGAAGCUCCUAGUGGCGCAAGUGACGCCGAGGCAAAGCGCGCCAAGCAGACGGACGCAGAGCAGCAGGGCGCGGGGGACGAUGGGGGAGAAGCGGCGCAGCCCCUGGGGGAGUCGGACGAGCAGGCGCAGACGCAGGCGGUGCAGUUUGUCGG